GUUAUUUCCGGCACCUCUAGAAAAGAGGUGAGAUACGAAGUCCCUUCCCUGAAAAAGAGGUGCUAUUCCAACCACAUUUCUCACCAACUCUUCUUAGUCAUGUGAGCGUAUGACAAACGUCAACCCUCCCUUAAGACAACCAGAAACUGUGAAAACAAACGGGCUUCAUAGUACCAGAGCUUCACACCAUUACUCCUUCCCUUGAGACCGAAAGACCACACGGCCAGGUAUGUCUUUCACAUCCAAAAACGGUUAAAGACCUUCCCACAGUAAAGCUGUAGUCCAAGGCACAGAGAUUAAGGCCCCGGUGUUGAAAGAAGCCAGGAGGCCUUUCCCCUGCCUGGCCCCGCCAGCCUCCCGCGCGCUGUGGAGGCGAAGAGCUUACGCAGGAGCGAGCACUGAAAGGCUCUGGAAGACUACAAGUCCCAACAGACACCGCGGCAGCCCACUUCACGCACGCGCAGCCCAGACCCCGGCAACCAGGCCCGCCGCGGGGCUUCUGGGAGAGAAAAAUGGCGGCACUUGGACUGCAGUUUCGGAUAAAAAGGCUCUUAGCGACAUCUACGGUGCUCGGGCGCCUGAGCAGAGCUUCCAGCACGUCCCAGACCUUUGCUGAGGUGCUACGACUGCCACAGAGACAACUGACGAAAUUAGUCUACCCGCUGCAGGAACUCCAGCAGCACCUCGUCCCAGACACGAUGCCCGACCUUCACCUGAAGACCUUCGACCCGAGCCUGGAGGACAUUACGAGGGCCGACAGCGUCUUCGCUGCCAGUCCCCGGAACCGCAUCGACUACCUCAGCUCCGCCGAGCGUCUCGACCACGCCCCGGCCCUUUCCCUGCCUGAGGUAUGUUUUAUAGCAGAAGCAAUGUUGGAAAAUCCUCCUACUAAAGGGCUUUAUUUUCACUGGCCCUGAUGUUGAAGUCAGAGUCUCCAAAAAACCGG